AAAACUACAAUACCCACAACCACGAAAAAUGAAGGCGUGGGUUAGCUGGACUUGCCGGGAGUUUCACCGCAUGUUUUGGUUCUUCUAAUAAGAGUGCUUGCAAGGAUUUCAAUCUCGUGUGAGCAGAUCAUUUUGUCAGUGUCAUGUCUUCAGACAACGCCUUGGAUGAUGAGGACACCUUCAAGAUCCUGAUUGCUACCGAUAUUCACCUCGGAUACCUGGAAAAAGACGCCGUCCGCGGCGGCGACUCCUACACCGCAUUCGACGAGAUCCUGAAAUGUGCCAAGACAAAUCAAGUGGAUUUCAUCCUACUUGGAGGUGAUUUGUUCCAUGAAAACAAGCCGACGCGCCGAUGCCUCCACACGUGUAUCACUAUGCUGAGAAAAUACUGCAUGGGAGACACGCCCAUACACUUCAACAUACUCAGUGACCAGACGGUUAAUUUCAACACUACACAGUUCCCCUGGGUUAAUUAUCAGGAUGAAAAUCUAAAUAUCUCCAUUCCCGUGUUUAGCAUUCAUGGUAACCACGACGACCCGACCGGGGCCGAAGGUUUGUGUGCGUUGGAUCUGCUGAGUGCGUCCGGGCUCGUGAACCACUUCGGUCACUCUCAGUCGGUGGAGAAAAUUGAGAUCAGCCCCAUCCUUUUGCAGAAAGGCAACAGCAAGCUGGCUUUAUAUGGUCUUGGCUCCAUCCCAGAUGAGCGUCUGUACAGGAUGUUUGUAAAUAAGCAGGUGACAAUGUUGCGUCCCAAAGAAGACCAGGACGAGUGGUUUAACCUGUUUGCUAUUCACCAGAACAGGAGUAAGCACGGCCCCACAAACUACAUCCCUGAACAGUUCCUGGAUGAAUUCCUCGACUUGGUGGUGUGGGGUCACGAGCACGAGUGUCUGAUCGCGCCGAGCAGAAACGAACAGCACCUCUUCUACGUAACGCAGCCCGGCAGCUCCGUAGCCACCUCGCUGUCUCCUGGCGAGGCGACCAAGAAACACAUAGGCUUGCUGAGGGUCAAAGGGCGUAAAAUGAACCUGCAGAAGAUCCCGCUGAAGACGGUGCGGCAGUUCUUAAUCCAAGAUGUGGUGCUCUCAGAUUACCAGGAUGCGUUCACGUCGGAUACGCCCAAUGUCGUAAAGAAGGUGGAGAGCCUUUGCCACGCCAAGGUCAACGAGUUGCUCGAAGAAGCCGAGAGGGAGCGACUGGGAUGCCCGCUCACCCCCGAGAAACCGCUCAUCCGCCUCAGGGUGGACUACACCGGCGGAUUUGAGACCUUCAACACGUCCCGCUUCAGUCAGAAGUACGUGGACCGCGUGGCUAACCCCAAAGACCUCAUUCACUUUCUGCGAUGUAGAGUGAAAAAGGAGGAAGUCAAAGAUGAAUUCAAUGUCGACUACAGCAAGGUACUAAAAACGACUGCGGUUGAGGGGCUGAGAGUGGAGGACCUGGUGAAGCAGUACUUUGAAGCUACUGAGAAGAAGGUGCAACUGUCCCUCCUGUCUGAACACGGCAUGGGCAAAGCCAUUCAGGAGUUUGUAGACAAAGACGAGAAAGACGCCAUCGAGGAGCUCAUCACCUACCAGCUGGAGAAGACGCAGCGCCACCUCCAGGGCCGGACUGUGAUCACAGAGCAAGAGAUCGACACCGAGAUCAAGCAGCUCAAAGAGUCCAAAAAGUCCACAGCGGAGGAAGAAACUGAAAUCAAAGAGGCGAUUAACAGAGCCAAAGCUCACCGCUUGGAGCGUGGAGAGACCUCACUGGACAUCAACAUGUCAGACCCGCUUAGCGACGUGGAUUCCGACCAGGACGUCGCACCUGCCAGAGGAAGAGGACGAGGGGCCAGAGGGCGGGGACGAGGGAGAGCAGGUGCUAAAGCCUCUGAGCCAAAAUCCUCCACCCGAGGAGCUUCCAAGAAGACCUCGAUGACGAGCCAGAGCAGAAGCAUCAUGCAAGCAUUUCAAGGACCGUCCCAAAGACCUUCUCGGAACACAUCGACCGCAUCUUAUGCAGAAAAUGAUCUAACCAUUGAUGACUCAGAUGAAGACGUACCUGUAAUGAAAGCUCGGCCGUCCUCCAGAACCACGUUGUCAUCAUCGUCGUCAUCGUUCAUGCGUCAGGGCUCUCAGAGUCAGACGUCCAAAGGAGUGAGUUUUGACGACAGUGACGAUGAGGAUGAUCCCUUUAAAGGCCCUGCCCAGCGUGCAAGGAGAUAAUUCUAGCUGCUUCCCACAUGCUGUAAAAAAAAAAAGGUCAUGUUCUUAAUGUUGUUUGGCUACACGCUUAAGUUUAAAUGCUGUUAUGGAUCUACGUAUGUUGCUUUGAGAGCCUCUAAACUGCAUGUUUUUCUACCGCUUCAAACAGUAGGAUCAUUAAGAGUUCUUAAUUACAUCCGUUUUAAUGAAUAGAUAAAGCCGGAGAAAGUCUCACAUUAAAAAUGUUGCAUACAAACUUUGA